AUGGCACCAGAGCUCAGUUCGAAUUGGAAGAGGCUACAGGCCAAACUCCAAGCCUCAAAACCCGCUGCACCCUCGGAUGCCUCGAAAUCUCAUACUUCCACCGAAGAGCAGAACUCGCUGAAGCGCAAGCGAUCUUUCAAGACCAAAGAUAGGCCUACGAAUGGGCCACGACAAUCCUUGAACGGAGCUGGGAAGACUACAACGCACAAGUCACCCAUAUCAAGAAAGCGACAGAAGAUGGAGGAACCUGCGUCUGUCGGCGCAUCGAUCAAGCAGCACAAUAUCAAGAAUCUCUCUCGUAGUGUUUCAACACCUCAGCUUAGGCAUGCACCCCUUGUCACAUCGGAGAAGGAUGCUGCAGUCGCUGAGGACGUCCUUACACCACACCCCGACUUUCCUGACAUCGAGAACGAAGGCGUCUCUGAGACCGCGCUUCCUGGCAAAUACGUCGCACUUGACUGUGAAAUGGUAGGCGUAGGCCCAGAACCCAACCGCGACUCAGCGCUGGCAAGAGUGUCACUAGUCAAUUAUCAUGGUCACCAAGUCUACGACUCUUACGUACAGAUGCCUCCCAAGGUCGAGGUCACCGACUACCGCACAGCCGUCUCCGGCAUCGAACCGAAGCAUUUGCGCAAAGAUGUUGCACGUACAUUCGAAGAAGUACGCAGCGAUCUUAAGAUUCUGCUCGGAGGACGCAUACUCGUUGGUCACGCUGUGAAGAACGACCUAGACGUGUUGAUCUUGAAGCACGACAAGCGCCUGAUUCGCGAUACAUCUAAGUUUUCCAAGUUCAGACAAUUGGCCACAAAAGCCGGGUGGACACCAGGGCUGAAAAUGCUUGCGAAAAAACUGCUUGGCGUAGAGAUUCAGACUGGAGCGCAUAGCUCAGUUGAGGACGCAAGAGCUACAAUGGCCCUGUUCCGGCUUGAGAAGGACGAGUUCGAGAGGGAAAUCCGUCAGAAGUAUGGCAAUGUCAGGAUGCCAACAGCUGCGCCAGAGGUCGAAGCUGAUGGCGAUGCUGAAGAGAAGAAGAAGAGGAACAGGAAGAAGAGCAAGAAGAAGAAGAAGCACUAG